AUGUUUGCUUCAAAGCUUAGGACAUGUGGGGUACUGGUGUUUUGGCGUGAGGAUUAUCUGGAAAGCUUGCAAGGUCUGUCUCAAGUUGGAGAGGAUAUACCGGUAACCGGUUUGUCAUGUCUUGCGGCAUUGAGAGAUUUGCUGGCAGCCGCAGCUGAACUUCCUACUUCUGAGCAUUCAACUGUAGCUCCCGCAUCUUAA